AAGUAAUGCAGGCACUGCUUAGGACAUCAUACAUAUAGAAACCAGGAUUUAAUGGUAAAAGAAAACCUCUUACAACUGACAAGAAACAUGGCAAACACACAGGUCCUUCCACAGGACUUGCACAUGAGCAACAUGCUUAAGGCUGUGAAGAUCCGAGAAAGGACCAAACAGGAUAUAGUGAAGCCCAGCAACGGAAUCAUACAUCAUUUCAGAACAAUGCACCGAUUCACUAUUGAACUGUUCAUGAUUUGUCACUUUUGCACCAAAUUUCGGGAGAUCCUGCAGAAGAGUCUGUUUGACAGAUCCAUGCAAGUUGCUCUGGAAAGUCAAAAAAGGUUAAACGCCUGUAAAGAAGUGAAGAAACUUGUCCCUUUGAGAACAAAUGGUGAUGGAAACUGCUUAAUGCAUGCCACAUCUAUGUACAUGUGGGGGAUGCAGGACACAGAUUUACUGCUAAGGAAAACCUUACAAGAAGUUCUAAGGACAUCAGAUACUAGAAACUUUAAAUUUCGCUGGCAGCUUGAAUGCGUUAAAUCCACAGAGUUCAUACAAACAGCGCUUCGAUACGAUACUCGGAAUUGGGAUGAAGAAUGGGAAUAUAUUGUCAGGAUGGCAUCAACGGAACCCUCAUUGAGUCAAGAUGGACUGCUGUAUAACUGCCUUGAAGAAAUACAUAUAUUUGUCCUAGUUAAUAUCCUCCGAAGACCAAUCAUUGUUCUUUCAGACAAUGUAAUUCGCAGCUUGCAGUCUGGCUCCAGCUUCUCUCCUCUUAACGUUAGUGGAAUUUACCUACCUCUCCAUUGGCCUGCACAGGAAUGCUAUAAAUACCCUAUAGUUCUUGGCUAUGAAAGUCAACACUUUGCACCUCUUGUCACUAUGAUGGACACUGGUCCAGAGAUUCGCGCUGUCCCACUUAUAUUUAAUGAGAGUGGUAGAUAUGAAGAUAUGAAAGUACACUUCUUGACUGAUCAUGAAGAAAAGUCCAAAGACAAGCUUCUGAAAGAGUAUUUACAUGUACUUCAGAUACCUGUUCAGUCCUGGGAGCAUGGCACUUCUCAUCUAAUAAAUACUGCCAGGCUGGAUGAGAAUAAUUUGCCAAAAGAAAUCAACUUAGUAGAAGAUUAUUGCCAGCUAGUGCAACAUGAAUACAAAAGGUGGCAAGAGUUUUCAGAGCAAACUGGCAGGGGCAAUUGUAGUAAAAGUAGAUAUGAACUUUGCCUACCUCAGCUCUCUCUUGUGGAAGUAAAAUGUGAAACAUUAAACUGUCCUUUCUACAUGUCUGUGAACACCCAACCUUUCUGCCAUGAGUGCUUUGAAAGGAAACAAAAGAUCAGUGACAGGACUAAUGCUCAAGUGCACAAGGGUGAAACCGUCCCCCGCAGAACUGAAUAUAUGGAGCCAUCUUGUCAAAUACCAGAGGAGUCUGUGUCUGGUUCUGUUGCUCUGGCUACAGCCCCAAGCCUUUUUCUCUUUAGUGAAACAAAUGCAAUGAAAUGUAAAACACCUGACUGCCCCUUCACAUUGAAUGUGGAGCUCAAUGGACUGUGUGAACGCUGCCAUAAUACCAGGCAAAUUCAGUCUGGUAGCAAUACGGACAGUUCAAGGGACUCUGAUAUCAUUAGGUGCACUAUUUGUUUCGAAGACACCACAAGAACUUUUAAUGGUAUUUGCAGCUCUUGCUUCAAAAGGAGCACAGAACGAUUGCGCAAUUCAAGUUCUCCACCCUUGCUGCAUCAGAGGUCUAUCUCAGAUCCUAUAAAUGGGUCAGGAAGCUUUGUGAACCUGACAGGUUUUGAACCAACCAGCAGGAGGAGCCAGGAUUCAGCCCUUGGGUCUGGUGCUGCGUUUAAUGCAGAAGAAAGAACAUCUAACCAAAAGUGCAAGAAGUCUGGCUGCAAGUUUUUUGGGACACUACAAAAUGAAGGAUUUUGCACACUAUGUUUUAUUGAAUAUCAGGAGAAUAGUGGUGUUGACUCUAGAAGGGGUCACAAAUCAUCGCAAAGCAAUGUCAGUGUGGCUGCAUUUAAAGACAUGAGUCGCUGCCUAGGGCAAGAAUGCAGCACAUUAGGGAGUACGCUGUUUGAAGGAUUCUGUCAAAAAUGUUUCAUUGAAGCUCAGAAUCAGAGAUAUCACGAAGCUAGAAAUCCAGAGCAACAACUGCAGAGACAAAAUGAGAGAUCUGGCCUAAAUCGCUCUGGUUGCCACAUGAAGAAAUGUGCUAGAGAUGUCUGCAGGAAUCCAGUAACUGGGAGAAAUGAAGAGCUUUGUGCUCAGUGCAAAUACAGAGGCAGCAACAGCAAGUCAUCUGGAGAAGACACUCCUCAGCUACGGUGUAGGGCACCAGGAUGUGAUCACUACGGAAACAACAAGUGUGGCGGUUACUGCAAUGAAUGCUACCAAUUCAAACAGCUAUAUGGAUAGCAAA